AUGACGAUAUGGGCGUGUGUGAUGGAGUGGACAGGGGUAAUGAUGAUGAGGGAUGUGUUGUAUAAAUGUCCUCCUUAUAUCCUUUUCCAAGGGACUUCUGAGUCGCAAACUACUUGUAUGUUUUCAGCAACCUUUGGUUCCGAGGUUCUCCCAACACUGUUGAUUGUUGUUGAGGGUGAUUGCUCCCUGGUGUUGUCUGGAGGACCAGGAGUAGCAUUGGCUACAGUUGAACUGGCAGCCCCAAGGUUGGGGUUGACAAUUGGUUGUCCAUUCUCACCAACAGUAGGAGCAGGGAGCAGAUUCUCCGCCAGGCGGGGUUGUUGUGACAAAUGCUCCCUAGGUUCUCGUAACUUUGUCGUAGUUGGUCUCAGUCGUUCAGGGUUGUGGUGGUUGAUGACGGAUAUGGGUUCAGUGAUGGUGAAAGGAGGGUCGAUGAUGGUGGUUGUCAGGGGAUGUUACGAUAUGGUUUGUGACAAGUUGAGAGAUGUUGUACAAGGAGAGCAGAGAGGUAUAGAUAGUUGA